UUCUUACCAAAAAAUCUAGCCUCGGAUGCCCCAAAUUCGUUCAAUUUUAGUCCAUCUCCGUCGGCGUGACCUCGUGCUCCACAGUCCGUCGUGUUGUUGUUGUGGGUGUGUUUCGCUGUCCGUCGCCUAUCUCUCCAUCGUUUCUCUGUCGUCUUCACCUGCAUGUCUCUCCCACAGGACACAGAUAGCUGAUUUAUGAGUAGCGGGAGUGACAAGUGAAAGCCAGGGAUGAGGGAGUUUGUUUCAUCAACGUCGCCGUCAGUUGGGACUUGCGGCGGAGGAGGGGGAAUCGGCGCUGAAGGUGACAACGGUGACUGAGGCGAUAGAAAACUGAUGAGUUUGUGUGUGUUGGAAGGCAGAAUUUAUAUGUCUCAAGGGUGGAGAUUGAAGAAGGGGUGAUGCCAACUCGCGCGGCCAUGCAAUGACUGGUCUAAUGCCGAACCAGAGGCAAGGGGGCUAGUGUGAUCUGACUAUCUUAGACAAACAAGCCGAAGCCAAUGAAAGAAAGGAAUAGAUCAGAUCUGAAGCUUGAAUGAAGCUGGCAGCUGGCGCUGGACAAGCGAAGAAGAAGAAGAACGAAGGCGGACAAAGAUUGAUGGACUAAAUCACUGAACGAUUCGAAGCGUGAGCUCGUGGGUUUGCCGAGCUCGAAGUUCACCCUUGUCGAGCUUGAAGGUCGUCGCUUGCCGAGCUUGAAGAAGAACGAAAGGAGAUGAUGGAUGUGAGAGAGAGAGAGAGAGAGAGAGACCGUGUGCGACGUGCUUGUGGUUGCUGAAGAAGGGAGGAAGCUGAAUUGAGACCGUCUGAGAGCGAGGGUUAGUUGGUUAGAUAAUGCUCUCUGCUCUUUCUGAUUGACUACUUUAUUUUUUCCCAAAAAAAAAAAAAAAAAAAACCAAAUUCGGGCUUCGCCGAAUUACUGCCUCUAGUAAAUUUAUCUCCCUCGCGCUUCUUGCACCUAGCUUUCUCCAACCCCGGGUAGGAAACAUCUCUCCUUUGUUUUGGGGAAGCCUUCCUCCCUUGCUGCUGCACUGUUCUCUCCCUUUGUGCAAUCAAGCGUGUGAGCAGGUGGAAAGGAGGCUGGUUUAUAUUUCUCAUGCUUAAAUUUCACCGAACAAACAGGGUUGUGACUUGAAGAAUAAUGGAUUAGUUUUUAGCUAGAUGACUGCAUCCCAAGUAUAGAUCCAUUUUGACAUUAUGCUUCAUCAACACUAUACCCUAUGUGCUCAUCUCCAUCUAGUGAUACGCAUCAAGCGCCGCCACUUUGCCACUAGGUACACAGCAAAGAUCACUUCCACAUCUUCUACAGGCAGGUCUCUUGCCGCUGAGAUUACUGUGCCACCACCACAUCCCAUUGACAGUAGAGGGUACCUACUUCCUCGCUAUGACCUAAUCUGUAAGGUAACAAAAAUCCUUCUCCAUCAACUCCCACAGUCCACGUCCACAACUCCAUCAUUUGAUGACCCUUUUUCAGAUCUCUCUGAGUACCUACAAUCACUCUCUAUGACCCUCACCCCUUUAGAAGCAUCUGAAAUCCUCAAAGCCUUGAAAACGCCUUCACUUGCCUUGAGGUUUUUCCAAUUUUGCUCUUCCCUUUACCCAAAUUUCCGACAUGAGUCCUUCACCUACAACCGUAUCUUGCUCAUCCUCUCAAAGUCAACCUCACCUCACCGUUUUGAUCAGGCCCGUUCAAUCAUUGAUGACAUGCUCCAGCAUGGAGUACGUGGUUCCAUCUCUACGAUCAAUAUCUUGAUUGGGUUCUUUGGAAUUGGUGAGGACCUGGAGAGGUGUCUUGGCUUGGUGAAGAAAUGGGAUUUGAGGUUGAAUGCCUACACUUACAAAUGUUUGGUUCAGGCAUAUUUGAGGUCAUAUGAUUCAGGCAAGGCUUUGGAUAUAUAUAUGGACAUGCAACGACGUGGUUACAAGUUGGACAAUUUUGCUUAUAACAUGCUUUUGGAUGCUUUAGCCAAGGAUGAGAAGGUCGACCAAGCAUAUAAGAUAUUUGAAGACAUGAAACGGAAGCACUGCGAGCCUGAUAUCUUCACGUACACCAUUAUGAUAAGAAUGACUGGCAAAAUUGGUAAAACUAAUGAGUCAAUUGCCUUUUUUGAGGAAAUGUUAAAUAAGGGCUGCGCACUUCAUUUGAUUGUUUAUAACACUAUGAUUCAGGCACUUGCUAAGGCCCGGAUGGUUGACAGGACCAUCCAACUCUUCUCAAAAAUGGUGGAAAAUAAUUGUCAGCCCAAUGAGUUUACAUUCAGUGUACUUUUGAAUGUUCUAAUUGCUGAAGGGCAACUUAGUAAACUUGAUACUGUUUUGAAGUUAUCGAAGAAAUACAUGAAUAAGAAAAUAUAUGCAUAUCUUGUAAGUACUCUAUGUAAAUUAGGCCAUUUAAGUGAAGCUCACAGGCUAUUUUGCAAUAUGUGGAGCUAUUUUAAUGACGGUGACAAGGGUGCUUGUAUGGCCAUGUUGGAGAGUCUAUGCUGCUCUGGUAAAACAACUGAGGCUAUGGAGCUUCUAAGUAAAAUUCAUGAAAAGGGUAUAAUCACUGAUACAAUCAUGUACAACACAGUAUUCACAGCUCUGGGAAAAUCGAAGCAAAUCUCUCACAUUCAUGAUCUUUUUGAAAAGAUGAAACAAGAUGGUCCUCUGCCAGACAUAUUUACCUACAAUAUUCUGAUUGCCAGCUUUGGAAGGGCUGGAAGAGUUAAUGAUGCUAUUAAAAUUUUUGAAGAAUUGGAGGUUAGCAAUUGUAAACCUGAUGUUAUCUCUUAUAACUGCUUGAUUAAUUGCCUAGGAAAAAAUGGGGAUCUUGAUGAAGCUCAUAUGAGGUUUAGAGAGAUGGAAGAGAAAGGGUUAGAUCCUGAUGUUGUCACUUAUAGCACACUUAUUGAGUGCUUUGGCAAGACAGAUAAAGUUGAGAUGGCUUGUAGAUUGUUUGAUGAAAUGCUUGCUAAAGGAUGCUCUCCUAACAUAGUCACAUAUAAUAUCUUACUUGACUGUCUUGAAAGGUGUGGGAGAACUGCUGAAGCAGUGGAACUUUAUGCAAAACUUAAGCAGCAAGGGUUGAGCCCAGAUUUAAUUACUUAUGCAGUGCUUGAGCGGUUGCAAAGUGGUGGACACAGGAAGUUUAGAGUUCGCAGGCAAAAUCCUAUCACUGGCUGGGUUGUUAGCCCCUUGUGAUGGUAAAUACAAUGUUGUACAUUGCAAGUUGCGUCCAGACAUUUUCAGGGCUAUGUGCUAAAUCUGUAGCUUUAUAGCCGAUAUAAAAAUCUAAAUUAAUAUGGUCAUUUGAUUAUGAGAGCCUCAGGAGUAAUUGAUGCUGGUUGACUGGGGAAAUUUUCCAGUUCUCUGUUGCAUUUUUGGAUGUGCAAUAUCCCACCGGUCUUAUGCUCUUUGUUCUACCAUGUGAUUUUGUUUAGCAAGCAAGACAAGGAUCAUAACUUUUCCCAAGGGUGAAUGGAUCAAGAACGUGAAAAUAGAAUUCAGAGUGAUAUGGCCAACGGUGACCCAGUUAAUCAUAUAUAAAUUAUGAAGUAAACCAUAUAUUUAAAUUCUAUAUGUUCCCUUUUACCAUUUCUUUAUUGUUCUGCAUGUGCUUGGUCGUAACUUUUUCGCUAGAAUGAGGAAUAAAAAUCUCUAUUUUAUUUGUCUCCCUUCCUCGUUUUCCUCCUCCUCUCUCUUCAUCUCCUUAUUUCUCUGUUCCCUUGUUUUUUCUCCCAUUGGUCCUACAGCCUUAUUAAAAUAAAUUUACUGAUAUUUGUGUUCUUCUGUACUAAUAAGGUAUUAUGUAUAUAAGAGGGAAGUUUCACUUUUAUUAGUAAUUAAUUUCAGAUUUCAAGCAUUUGGUUAUGAUUUGGCUAUUUUCU